AACAAAACAACGCAAGUCAGAUCAAGUUGUGCUUGAGUUUGCAUCAAUUCUCGGCUUAUCGCAAUUCUAAUUCGGUCAAAUGUCAAUCAUUUCCGUUAUAGAUGAGUUGUAAGGAAGUUUUAAGCCUUCGUGGUUAGUGGUGUAGUAGAAGAAAGGGUUAUCAAAGGAAAUAUGGAUAGUAAAGAGGAGGCCACAGCAACCAGCGAGAACAUGACCUUGGAGAUACCAGCUACGGUUCCGUCAUAUGUCAUUAUAUCUGAACAAAUUCCUAAAACCAAUGGUGAAGGAACAGGGCAGCAUGGGGGAAGGCGGGAGUAUCUGUGGUCGGAUGAAGCCACAGAGAAAUUGGUAAUGAUGGUGAAGGAGAAUUACUCGAAGGUUACAGGGGGAAGAGAUGCAAGGGAGGAAGUGUUUCGUGAGAUCACAAAAAAAUUAGUGGAAUAUAUUCCAGGCAUUACAGUCAGACAAGUCCACAUGAAAUGGAAAAACUUAAAACAGAGAUUCAAGAAAUACGAACUGAAGAAAUCCAAAGAUAGAUACCGUGUCAAAGAACCUCUGUGCUACAACUUGCUGUGUUCAUUUCUAGAGAGACCAUCAGUCCCUACAUAUGAUGUGAUAUGUUGCGAUUUUGACGAAGAAGAAGAGGAGCUUCUGCAGCAGCAUCAGAGACACCAACUCCAACUACAGCCCCAGAAACAACGAAUGCAGCAGCAGCAAGUAAGUAUAAUUCCCACCAUUGAAAUGAUAGAGGAAAUAUCGCCCACAGACAGUUGUACUAGAAUAUCUGAGAAAACGACAGAUACCAAUAAGAGAAGAAAACUGGACAAGCUCACAGCAAGUCAGAGGAGAAUGGAGUCGUUGUUCAGCGAAGUUCUUAGCGAGAUGAAGAAGAACAACUCUGUCAUGGAGAGCUUUUUUACUGACUUCCGGAACAUUAUGAAAAGAAACGAGGAACACCAGCUCGAACUAAUAAGAACUCUGAAGGAACGUAAUCAGAUCCUGAAGCAGGCUGUUCAGAAGUGAUAUAAUCAUGUGUAUAUGUACUCAUCUUCAUUCACCAGUGCCAUCUUCAUAGACAAUAGUAUUAUCUGAAAUAGAUUUUUUCUCUCUCACUCUCUCUGCCUAUCUCUCUCUCUCUCUCUCUCUCUCUCUCUCUCUCUCUCUCUCUCUCUCUCUCUCUCUCUCUCUCUCUCUCUCUCUCUCUCUCUCUCUCUCUCUCUUUCUCUCAUUCAUUCAUUCACUCUCACUCUUAUUGUUUUAUAUUGUUAAAUAUGAGUUAGAUUUUAGUGUACUUUGCAGUAUUGUUUCAUUUAUUAAACCAGGAUGUUGCUAAAAGAUUAAUUUAUGAUAAAUAUCAGAUAUAAUUAAUAAAGAAUUGAUGCCAGUGGCACACAAAGAUGUUAACAUAAAUGAUUUUUUUUUUUUUUAAGAAAUGUUUGGCUCAAAUACUUUGUAAGAGACCAUUUUAUAUUACUGAUAACAAAGCAAAAUAUAGGCCAAGGCAAAAUACCCCAUACCCCAGGAUUCAGUAGUUCUAGGCCUUACUUAUUUCAUAAGUAUGAACCUUACAUCAAUAUUCUGAUAAAGUCUGUUUGUUUCCGUCUUUUGAAGGAAAUAGGAAGACAAUGAACUGAAAAGGUAGUUGUUUUUCCAUAAGUUAUGAUCAUAAUUUUGGUUCCUCCAAUAAUAUUCAUAGAAAGUACAGGAAGAAAGAUUUUUUUAUAUUUUGUGCUAUUAUGCAAAAUAGUUUUUUUUUUUUGUAAAUCUAUAUUAAAAGACCCGUGAAAAUAGAAAAAUUAUAUAUUAAAAGUUCACAGACUGGUCAUAGAUGAGAAAAAAUAAUUUACAAAUAUGUGCACAUAGUAUUUUUCUUCUCCUUUUACUACUAUUUUCAUAUCAAAGACUGUGAUAUAGGAAAUCCAAGGAAAUAAAAACAGAUUUCAAGAACCACUUUAAUACUGUUUUUAAUUCUUAAAAUCCAUAGAAUAAAGCAUAAUCAUAAUUAUUGGACUAUAACUUGUCCAUCUUAAGCAGCGGUUCUCAAACUGCAAGCCAUGAAACUCUCUCAAAUGUGCUGUGGAAUGUAAAAUUGAGACUGAAACUGUAUUUCCAAAGACUGCUAAUACUCACAGUAUAUGUUCUUUCAUCUGUGGG